CAUGAGACCACUGUUGCUGAAUUCAGAACAGCGCAUACUACUCUUUGAGGCCGUUCACAAAGAAUAUAUUGAAUUCCACUGCUGCUUUUCAAUUGUUUUUCUGCUGUAUGUAAACAUGCAUCUGACCGUUGCGCUUGCGUCUCGCAUCUUUUGCGGUGUCUCCCGUACUUAAGACUAGGAUGCAGUUCAUUUUAACACUUAGAAAUUGUGACAUUUCAGACCAAAACAAAGAUGAACAGGGACAUUAAAAAAAAAAAAUGCACAAUAGACCAUUUUUUACAAUUACAGAAAGAGCAGUUGUAAGAUGAAAACGCUGUUUCUUUAACCUAAUGUAUUCUGCAAGCAAUUUUAAAGGACACUUCUUUGGUUUUAUUUGUAACACAAUACCGACUAAGAACUCCCAAAAAUGUUCCCACUCAAAUGAAGGAAGCAUAUUAAACAUGGUUUAUCGUGUAAACACGUGAUAGGCGAGGUGAGAAACUACGCAGACAGUGUGGUUGAUUUAAUGGCGGGCAGGUCGUGGGCUGUAGUCUGUUGCGUCGCUCGUUUGCAGCGAGUGAACACAAAGCCACAGGACAGCUGUUCCCCGCUGUUUCUAGGGAGACUGCUCAUCAACCUGUUGCUCUCCAUCUUUUCUUCUGUCUCUUUCCUGUUAUGACGCUCGCACCCUCUCAACAGCGGUAUGAGGUUACAGUUUACGACGUUCACUUGUUUGCUUUCGGUUAAUAAGUGCGCACACACAUUUCUUUUUCUCCUUUCUGUCCACGCACACAGACAGCGUCCCGUUUUACAAUAGUGCAUGCAUUCCUGCCUCUCUCUCUCACACACACGCCCAUGAAACACCCUCCUCUUCCUCCUCCCUCGGUUCAUCUUCCCUUCUGUCCUUCUGUCUGUGUCUCUCGAACCCUCACUGUUCUCUUGAGCUCCGUCUGUUUCACUCUUCCCUUCAUCCCACACGCACUUCUCUCACUCUCCUCCUCCUUACUCUCUCUCUCUCUCUCUCUCUCCCUCUCUCUUUCUGUCUGUCUGUCUGUCUCUUUAAUUCUCUCUCUCGUCGCUUAUGAACACAGGAAUACUCUGACAUGCUGGAGAUGAGUUUAAGUGGGCAUCUGGAGAGCCUCCUGUUUCCGCCUCCUCGUGUUGCUUUACUACCAUGAGCAGUUCCACUCCAUCCACAGCUAAUGGCACUGACAGUAAAACGUAUAAAGGAGAACGAUCUCCUUGUGACCCUUCCCGUGUCCUCCACAUCCGCAAAGUUCCCAUCGAAGUGUCCGAGGCAGAGGUCAUCUCACUAGGAGUCCCUUUCGGCAAAGUCACCAACCUGUUGAUGCUUAAAGGGAAAAACCAAGCUUUUAUAGAAAUGGCUUCUGAAGAAGCAGCAAUCACCAUGGUCAACUACUACACCACAGCCACACCCCAUGUCCGCAACCAGCCCGUCUACAUCCAGUAUUCCAACCACCGUGAGCUCAAGACUGAUAAUCUGCCCAAUCAGGGGAGGGCUCAGGCUGCUCUGCAAGCUGUCAAUGCAGUGCAUUCUGGGAAUAUGACUCUCUCUGGGACUGCGACAGCCAGUGAUGGUGGAAUGAUGCCUGGACAGAGUCCCGUGCUUCGUAUCAUCGUAGAGAAUCUCUACUACCCAGUGUCUCUAGAAGUGCUACACCAGAUCUUCUCAAAAUUUGGAACGGUCCUGAAGAUCAUUACCUUCACCAAGAACAACCAGUUCCAGGCCUUGCUACAAUAUGCAGAUCCAAUGAACGCACAUCACGCCAAAGUGGCUUUGGAUGGGCAGAACAUCUACAACGGCUGCUGCACUCUGCGUGUUGAAUUCUCCAAGCUGACCAGUCUGAAUGUGAAAUACAACAACGACAAGAGCAGGGACUUCACACGUCUAGACCUACCCUCAGGGGACGGGCAGCCCACGCUGGACCCCACCAUGCAGACCGCUUUUGGGGCUCCUGGGAUAAUUUCCUCUCCAUACCCCGGGGCGGCUGGUUUCGCCCCUGCUAUCGGUUUCCCUCAGGCAGGUCUGUCUAUGCAGGCGAUGCCUGGUGCUCUGGGACCUCUCACCAUCCCUUCAUCAGCAAUGACAGGACGGAUGACCAUCCACGGCAUGGCCCCCACCGCCAUCCACUCUGUGCUCCUCGUCUCCAACCUCAACCCCGAAAGCAUAUCACCACACGGGCUCUUCAUUUUAUUCGGAGUGUACGGAGAUGUUCACAGAGUCAAGAUCCUGUUCAACAAGAAAGAGAAUGCCUUAAUACAGAUGGCAGACGCCACGCAAGCCCAGCUCGCGAUGAGCCAUUUGAACGGUCAGCGUCUGCAUGGUAAGGUGAUCCGUGUGACCAUCUCAAAGCACCAGACGGUGCAGCUCCCCAGGGAGGGUCAGGAGGACCAGGGCCUGACCAAAGACUUCAGUGGGAGCCCAUUGCACCGCUUCAAAAAGCCCGGCUCCAAGAACUUCCAAAACAUCUUUCCUCCCUCCGCCACCCUGCACCUCUCAAAUAUCCCUCCCUCCACUACGGAUGAUUUUCUGAAAGACCUGUUUGCCAGUUCUGGAUACACAGUCAAGGCCUUCAAGUUUUUCCAGAAGGACCGCAAGAUGGCGCUGAUCCAGCUGGGUUCGGUGGAAGAAGCCAUCCAGGCUCUUAUCGACCUCCACAACCAUGACCUGGGAGAAAACCACCAUCUGCGAGUGUCCUUCUCCAAAUCCACCAUCUAGCACCCCCUUCACUACAAACACACCCUUUCCCCAUCCUCCCCAUACCAGCCCUUCUACCUUCAGCAGUCUGAAUGUUUCGUUCAGAGAAUAAGACUGACUGACAAACUCUAAAAAAAAACAAAACAAAAAAAACAUUACAGAUAUUCAUGGGGUAGUUUUAGAGAUUUCCAAAAAAAAAAAAAAUGAAAAAAAAAGCAAAUAAGAGACUACUGCAGAACCUUUAGACAGUCUGAGAGUGAGUUGUGUUUUACUCUCACGAAACCAGGGCUGGAGACACAUGGGAUAUCCAUGACAAUGUGACGUUUCUGGGAACCUCCGUGUGGAGGAAGUAGGACUCCCUCUUUAGUCGAUUGACGAGGACUUCGUUGAUGUGAAACGCAAACUAACACGAGGUGAACAUUCUCAAAAAAGUCAAUGUUGAGGAAGUUUCUUCACCGCACACUUGCCGAUUACAUUGGAGACUGACACUCCUGUAGCCCAAUGGCCUUGAUACCCCAGACCUAAGUGAGGGCGGAGUCUCCUCUGUGCCUCCCCCAAAAAACGACACCUUCAUUCUCAUUGGCUGUUUCAACAGAGCGCCCCAUUUCCCGUGGGAUGUGUUGAACGCACGGUCACCGUUUGAAUGUCGCUGACGUCGUCAUCAAGGUGCUGCUGGAAAAAAAAAAAUCUGUAGCGACGGCCUCGACCAAUGGGCUUGUCCUUUUUCUUCAGAGUAGCAUUAAAACAAGAGUGCUAUGGAUUCAAGAAUGAGUGCAUUUAAAAUUCGCAGCUGUUUCGGCUUACAAACCUUUUGUUUCUUGGCACUUUGAUUGAUUUGAAUUGAAGACAGGCACCGUGGGGAAUGUUUGGCAUCCUCAUAUCUGUUUACUGUGCAAAGAUGUAUAGCCAGAUGGUAGGCAUCUGUGAAUAGAUAGUGAAUGGCGUGAUUCGUUUUUUCUUGUAUUAUGAAAAUUUUAUAUCGGACAGACCGGCCUUUCGUGGGCUCUCUGCACCUGCAAUGCUGUCAGAGAACAUCUGCGUUCAAUGGCACGCAAUGUCAUUGUCCAGUCGAUUGGGUUCCUCUGAACCGGGGCGAACAUUUUCAAACAUGCACGAUCAUUCCAGAAAACUCAAGGCCAGCUGUCAACCUUACUGGAACGCUCCAAUCCGCAACGCCCAGCCUGAUAGUAGGCUCCGCCUCCUAAGUGAAAUUCUCAAUGUGAAUGGUAUAGCCCGUGAUCUCGAUGGGAAAUUGAUCAUUUCCUCCAUUCUGUUCCCCUUUUUGCUCUUAGUUGAGUCUUUUUCUUUCGUUCUUCUUGUUUUCCAUCUUUCCACACAGGGGCAGAAGAUUCUGUGCUCUUUACUUUGUUCUUUCACUCCUUGGCUCUGGCCACAGGUGUGAGAGUUUGCAGCCAUGGGCUUUGUAGAAACUGUAGUGAAGCCCAUUGAGUCACAGCAAAAAAAGAGGGCGGCACUCUCUUUUGCCUUGCAGUCCCACACUAAAUGCCUCUGCAUCUGACCAAACCAAAUAUUUAAGGAAAGAGCGAGUCUGAAUGACAUGGAGACACCACCUAGUUACUGAAACCUAGCGAGCUGCUGCAUAGGCAGCUUCCUUCUAAGGCAGCAUCCUAAUUGCCAUGAAAGCCCAUAAGUGACUAAUCUGAAGUGACUGAUCUGCACAGGAAACUCGCCUCCAAUAGAGUCCAGACCAGAGGUUUUCUUCAAGAGGUGGAGAUGGUAAACUCUGAGUCUGUAUCAUUGGGGAAAAAGCAGUCAACUUAGAUGAAUCUUGUAAGCCAAUCACACAAAGACCUUGACACCAUGGAAAUACUUGCAACAGUCAAUAAUCAUUGACGGAGACCAUCAAAAUCCUGUCGAUUUUUUUGGCAGCAAGAUAAAAAUAUUGCUUACACCAAAACUAGCAUCUCCUCCAUAGGUUCCAUUCAAAAAUUGGUACAUUACGAGUUUUGAGCAGCAUUUGAAGCCUGGCAUUGGAGGACUCGAUUGAUUUUAGUUCAGUUAGAUGUUAGCAUGUUGCGACGUUGAUAAUGCAGUACAAAAUAAAAAAGAACCCAUUACUGUCUACGUUAGAUGCGGCACUAUUUCUGAUGUAAUCUGUGCUUUUGCGCUACUUCCGACAACAGGACAAAUGGACAAAUUUGGAACUUUAGCUUUAUUUACUAUAGACAGUCUAGAGAUGUUGCAGUGCACCGUGACAAAUAUCACACACUAUGUAAAUGUAAAAAUACAUAGAAAAUGCUCAAUAUUUACUUGUGCUUUAUGCUUAUACUCAGGUAUUGCAGCAUUAGCUUAGCUACAUGCUAAUGUCAAACCCCUGAAUCAGUUGAUUCAUAUAAUUGGUUAAUUUUCAGUCAAAAUAAUCCAUUUUUAAUCAAUCAAUUGUAUAUUUUUCAGUAUUCAGGAAAUUAUAAGUUUAUUCAUAAUCAACAUUUGCCUUGAUUCGCCCACCAUCUUGAAUGAGCUUCCCAGUGCAUUCUGGGAUUGCCUUAUCCACAAAGGAUACAUGCAAUGCUGCCUUAGAUUUUGGCCAAAAUUAGACAUCUUAGAAGGCCGAAACAGCCUUUGUGCCGGGAGCAUGCCUGUGAUGCCUUAAAAUGCUGUCUAAGUAGACAGCUCACUAGGUUUUGGAACAUGGCAAUGGUGUGCACAUACAGAAGCUGAUUCUUUAUGUAUGUGUUUAGUUAGUACUAUUGUAUUAUUACCGGUUUCAUCGGGACUCUCUCCCUUGUGCGUACGAGCAAGGCACUGUCUCAUUUAGUGAAAAUCUGGCCUUAACAUUCCAAGGAGGGUCACUGUAGACCUGUUGAGUAGCAUCUAAAGGGAGCAGCUUCUGUGCCUGUGCACUAUAUCCUCUAUUAAUGAAAUAAAUCAAAAAUCUUCAUGUUCAUGCAAGGCAAGGGACAGUGACUUUUUUUGUCUUUGACUGAUUUCACCUGAAGCGAUUCGAAACUUCGCUUUCACUUCUCAAAAGAAAUUGAAUUUUGUUGAAGUUUACAGUCUUAAAGCAAAACUAUUCAGGUCUAUAUAUCUUAAGGAUUGUCAAGAUUUUUUGAGAAAAAAAAAAAGUUACUUAUUUUUGGUAAUUUGUUCUUUUUUAUGGAAGAGAAAAAAAUCAAAUUUGAAACCUCAUCGGGUUUUUGUACCACUAUAAUCAUUCAAGAAAUCAUGGUGAAAAAAAAAAAAAAAUCAUAUUUACUGUGUAUUUACCUAAUUUCUUAUUACGUGCCUUAUUAUGUGUUCAUAAUCAAAUAGGUUUUAGAAAUUUUACCUAAAAUAUCUUAUGUACUAUUUUGUGGGAUUGGUGAGAGGGUUGAUUUUUUUUUUUUUUUUGAUCUUGAUUUUUAUUUUUAUUUUUUUGUUGUGUAGCUCUUAUAGAUGUGCAUUUUGUGGGGACUCAGUACCAUGUGGUCUUAAUAUGAUAUGAGAUGUAAGUUAUGAUGUAUGGUGCUGUGAAUGCUCUCAUUAGAAAAAUGAACGGUGAACUCAACGAUUUUCAGAGCAUGCUGUGGGUCUCUAUUCUCCCUCGCUGAUGUGUGUGUGUGUAUAUAUGUAUGCUAGACCCGUGUACCAUUGUUACAUAAAGCCUUUCUAGGCUAAAAAAAUGUUCCUCGAUCUCUGAUAUAAAUAUUUUGCGCUCGAAGACAGAGGUUGCUGUAAGCUUGCGUAUUGUUCUGAUUAAAUAGUAUGAAUUUGAGCUGUUUUGAGCACAUCUGUGAAGUUUUUGUUCUUUUCUAAGUGAUCACACUUUUUUGCCGGGCAAAAAAAAUAAAAAAUCCUAGUGACUUACAUUUAAGGAGCCACCCAAGUUGUUUCUAGAGUGGUGGUCGACCGAUAUAUCGACCGAUAUUUGGCUUUUUUUAUUACCGUUUACCCGAUAUUUCAGAAAACUUUUAUUUUGAUGGCGCACGGGACAUUUAUUCUGACAUCGCUGAGAAUGUCAGCGCUUAAACGCACACAGCUCCCAUUCUCCAUCUUCAUUAGUUUACCGUCUCUGUUCAACAGUUCUGAAUAAUAAAUUAUUACACAGUACCAUACUAAACAGUGUUAUAGUGUUUGCUUAUUAUUGGUAACAGAAAAGCAAACACUAUAAUACUUCCUCAUCAAGUGUCAGCAAAUUCACAUUUAAUUUAAACAAGUCGUUGUAAAUUUUACUAACCCUGCUAAUUUUAUUGAAUUCAGCUGUGAGAUCCUCUGAAAUGUGCAUUUGUUGACUACAUAAAUUAUCAUCUAAAUAAAACUAUUUAUUUUACAGAUUUAUUUUUUUCAUAUUUAUUAAUUUUCAAAUGAUAAAAUUCAGUAAAUUUUAUGUAAAAUAAAUCGAAAUUAAAUUUUAGCAAUUGUUAUGCAUGUGUUUUAACUAUCUAAAUAGUGUGGUGAUAUAUCGGCCAUCAAAAAAAUCUGUAUGGGUCGACCACUAACCUUGAGACUUGGAGUUGGGCUCUUUUUUUCUUUGGGCCAGUAAGUAACCACCUAGCAACCACCAGAGCACCCUAGCAUCCGCAUAGCAACAUGUUAAAACCACUCCGAACAUCUCAGUAACCAUAUAGCAACAUUCAGGCGACCUCCCACAAACCAUAAUGCGAUGCCGGCGAGUUUUUCAUGGGAAGGACCACUCAGAAAUCAAUAUCUGCCAGUGUGGACUAUAUCAAACAGUGUGAUCUGCUUGAUAUCAUCUCUGUUCUGUCAUUCUAACAUGAUUAUGAAACUCCUAAUACAUACGAUCAGUCUAAAUUUGCCUCGGAACGAGUGCACAGAGACCCAGAAGCCCACAGCAUUCGCUCGAAGUGUUCAGGUCUGCCUUCCAUUUUGCUAUGGAGUGAUGCUGAUGUCUGAGACCUCCGCCUGUGUGUUUUGGAGUUGUAUCUUAUUUACUGUAUCUUAUAAUUGAUUCAUUUUAGGGGUUUUGGCCUGUUUCGUUCUUGCUCUGUUGUGAUACUUUUUGUUCUUUUUUUGGGGUUUGUUGAUUUUCUUUAUUAAGAGUGUGAAAACUGGUUUAAGAUUGUUGUCUGUCACUCUGCCUCUUCACAACAGCAGUUCUGGGUCUGUAAUGUCCACCGACGUGUGUGAACGGGAACGGGAGCGAUCGCUAGAGGUCAGGUCGGUCAGAAGCGCUCGGAAGGCGAAAUCUACGCAGCCGCGCAAGCAGAACGCCGAUCUGCUUCCGGCUGCAAUGCUUUUUAUUUAUCAACAGGAGAAAAGCCAGACUCCAUAAACGUGUCACAGAAGUCACAAGAAGUCAUUUGUUUUUGUUUCUCGAAGCGUAACAUUUUCCAACCACGUCUUGACUCAGGCAACAACGUUCCGCUGUGUUGUAAGACAUUUCCUCGUCGAUAUCCGCGCUCACUCGAACAGUUACACACGUGUAUGGUUUUUUCCAGGUUUUUUACUGAAAAAGUCACAAAUAAUGCAGGACCAAAGUUUAUGUGCCUUUCAUCUAGCUUAUUUGUAACUUAUUUCCUGGCUGUAUAUCAGAAACCAACAAACUUCUUGUAUUUUCCACUCUCGAUCAUGUUACGAGUCUGUUUUUCACGUGUCCCGCAGUCUGUUCUGUUCGUUUCCCUCAGAAAGGUCAAGCCAUAUCCUUCCCCCCCCGUCAAGCGAGACUCAUUUGCGAUUCUGAAUGUGUUACGGGGCCCUUAUGGAUUCAUUCGAACCGCCUUAUGCUUUGAGUAUUUCAUGAACUGCUCCGGAUAGACACCACGAUCUGUAAAAUGGAUAAGCGGUUACACUUUUUGCUGAUAUCGUCAUCGAUUCCAUUAAAAAGCUUUAUUCUAAAACAUACGAGACCAUAACAACAAACUAACCACUGAAACCAAAGGAUUUGAUUGAAUUAGAACUGAUGCAGCACUGUUCAGAUUGAAAUAUUUUAUUGCUUUAUUAUGAUGCAAUUGACCCUUAAGAUGUAAACUUUAAAUUUCAGCCAUAAUGCUUUCUAUUUUCUUCUCAUGACUAAAUUUAUGGGCUAUAAUUAUGCUAAUUGACUGUCUAAUUUGCAUUAAAGGGAGGGGCUAGACUAAAUUAGCAAACUGAGGUGUCGCUCAAGCACAGCGCACAUACAGAAGUGCCUGAGUUGAUCUCAGGAUGCUUUGACGCAACGAAAUACCUAAUUUAUAGUUUUUAUGAAUGUUUCACUACCAAAAGGAAACAAAUGCUGUACAUAUGUGUUCCCUUAUUAUUUUAUUUUAUUUUAUUUUUUUUUAACCUGGCCAAAAAAUGGUUUCGGGGAACAAGAUAUACACACACACCAAUAUGAACUGGUUUUUAUAUUUAUGGAAAUUAACAUAAAAACACAAUUUGUCUUCUGUAUUUUGAUAUCAUAUCAUACCAGUACCAGCUUUCAUUUGUAAAGCCGUUUAUGUGACUUGUGGGAAUUGGGGAGAGACAUGAGCGUAUCCAGUUUAUGAGUUUGAUGUAAUAAAUGCAAAUAGAAGAUAAACUAUUAAAGAAACAUAUUUUCUAA